AUGAACCGCUCAAUUGAGCAGGCGCUCUUGUCGCUGCUGCCCACUCAUAACUCCGAGCUGCCGCCGCCUCUCGCGGACCUGGCCAGCUCCCUGCUCGCGCAAUCCCGCCAUCGCGCGAGCAUCCUCAAGGCAGAGGAGGAAAUCGCCCGACCAUACGCGUGCGCACACCUGGCAUGCGACAGGCUCAAGACCACGCUCAACCUCCCACCCAUCGCCCCGCGGCCGCCAAUCCCCCCGCGCAUCUACAAGCGGCUGUACAACCACCUGGACAAGAUCCUGCCCGCUCCCUCUUCCACUCCAAGCCGCAGCACACCGGGCGGCGCUCUGGGUCUGGGGGGCAGCGGACGCACACGAACCCCCGGCUCCAAGCUGCGCGAGCAGCAGCACAUCCUGGGCACCUCCCCCUGGCCAACAACAGCAGCAGCAACAACAACAACAUCUGUACCGGACACCCCUUCCAAAAAGCGCACCGGAUCAAAAAACAACAACAGCAGUAUCAACGACUCAGUCAACCUCCCGCGCUGGAUCCGCCCAACCCUGCGCCUCCUCCUUACCCGCCUCGGCCCAGCCCACAUCGGCCCCGUGGUCGCGACCGGUCUGGAAUCCAUCAUCACGCCGCGCGGCAAACUCACCGCCGACGCCUGGGUGCGGGACAACUUAGCGGCCGUGGUGGGCGGGCUAUACGUCUACGUCUGGCGGGGCGUGACCUGGCCGGUGGCAGGAGAGAAGGUGGAUCGGGCGCGGUAUGUCAAGUUCCGGAAUGAAGUCGCUUCCUGUCUUGGGGUGGCGAGGGGUCAAGUCGAGAUUCCUCGGAAUAGGGAUGACGAUGAUGAGAAGGAGGAAGCGUGGGAGGGGUGGGGGAAGGUUACGGGGAAGGAGUUGGAUGAGGCGGUGCUGACGGGGAAUCGGCACGGGUGGUUUGACAUGGAGUGGGUGAAGGGGGUUGGGGAUUUGGUGGAGAGGGAGAGGGCUAGAGCGGAGGAGGAUGCGGAUGCGGACGUGGAAGAGGAGGAGAGGAUAGCGGCGGUGCAGAUUAGCCGGCCGGAUACCAUGUUUCAGGAGAGGUAUGAUUACCUGAGCGAGCGGAAGAGGAAGGCGUAUGCCGAGUGGAAGGAGGGGGCCUUGAAGCGGAUCAAGGAGCUAGAGGCGCGGUAG